ACCAGCUGGCGAGCCGGGGAGGCGCAGCGACUUGGGCGAGGUAGAAGGACUCUCCAGGGCAGCCAGCCCUUUCAUCCUCUGGCCGAGUCGAGGAGGAGCCCCGCCCCCCCCACGACGUGUGAGGCUCCCCGACCCGACCUUCCUUGAUGGGCGUGAGGGGGGGGCGAGCAGCGGUUCCCGGAGGAAGCAGGAGGAGACCGCUCGGUGUCCGAGUCUCCCGUCCCACGCGCAGUCCCCGAAGGAGAUCGAUGGCGCCCCAGCGAAGCAGGAGCAAGGUCGACUCCCACGCCGUUGCCUCGGAAGUGACGUCCGGCUCUCCCUCGGCGCCCGCGAGGAUGUUGUAGCCGAGCAGCUCCCCUCGAGGACGACAGUCGAGGCCGCAGCCGCGAGCCGCGACCCAGCAUGAAGGUAGCCAUCCCAGGCAGAGCGAUCAAGAUGCCGGAGAACCUCGGACCCGGAGCGCCGGCGCAGCUGAGCCCGUGGCCCCGGGCGGGGGGAAGAUCCCCUACAACAACAUCGAGAUGCGCCCCGCCCUCGACUACUUGAGUCUCGGGCCGCGGUGGCCAUGGCCCCCUCCAGGCCCCCGACGACGCCAACGCCAAGGAGUGGAGGAGGACGACCAAGCUCUACAAGAAGGACCUCAAGGCCAAGGGCAACAUCCGACCCUCGACGGCCGUGCGGCGCCACGUCAAGAAGAUUUCCGAGGAGUUCACGAUGACGCAGACGAAGUACGAGAACUCCGUCAACACGACGUCCUCCUCAGCCUCCAAGGCGUCGGAAGGGAAGGAGAAGUCGACGUUGAAGGCCGCCUCCUCAGCCUCGCUCUCGAACAAAAUUCCGCAGUCGAAGUUCCCCAAGAACGUCUUGUCGAAGAUCUCGUGCACGAAAUGCGACACGAUCACGGGCCGCAAGGCGCCCAUGGCCCCCCUGGUGAGCGCGGCCGUCGUCAGCUCGUCCAAGGCGCCCCCGAAGCCCGCGCCGAUAAUCAAGUCGCAGAGCCACAAGGCCCACAGGGCGUCCGCCUCCAGCACGUCCCCCAAGAGGAUCAGAGACGCCUCCUCCUCCCCGCAGAAGAAGGCCUCCCUCAGCCCUCCCGGGUCCUCGCCGCGCCCGCGCCUGAAACACCCGCACGGGCGUGGCAGCGGGAGCGUGGGAAGCCUCGAAGUGAGUCUGGCGCCCACGAACUCCAGCGUGCCAAAGUCGCCCGGGAAGAAGAGGGAAGGGACGGGCGUGUCUCCGCGGUCGCAGCAGGUCUCCUUCGAGCAGAUUAAGAAGGCGAAGCUGUUCACGGAAAAGGCUAUUAUGGAGGGUCGUGUCUUCUCCAUCUUCGGGUAUUUCCCUGCCAUCAAGGACGCUCUUAAAAGGCGCGGGUGGGUGGAGAAAAUACAGCACUCGGUCCCCUACGUUAAUCCCCACCCGAACAACUGCGUCUGUCCUCACGUCGGCUACCAGUCCGUCUUUAUCAGCCCCCCGCCCCUCACGCCUCCUUCGACUACUGCCACUACCACUCCCGCAACCGCUGCAACCUCUUCCACCACUACUACCACCUCCGGCAGCAUCGCCUCCAUAGCAUCCGGUGCGGGGACGUCGGGAGGCGAUCAGGACGGCCCUUCGUCGGCGAGUGAGUCGGCCACGUCCUCGCCCGACGCUCCGUGCACGGGCGAGGGCACCACGGAGGCCGAGGCGCAGCUGAACCGUGACACAGCAGAAGGCCCGAGUUUAGCAGAGUCUGAGACGCCCUCCGACAUAGCUCCUCAGCCUCCGCCACCCUCGCUCGCUUCCUCAUUCUCAUCCUCCUCGUGUAGGUCGUCGUCCCCCUCAUCUCCCACCUCAUCAUCAUCCGUUUUAGAGUUAGUCGAGAGACCACAGACCAAGACCACUGCCAAUCUAGGUUCUUCCAGCGUAGAGAAUGUAGCGCCCGCAGCCAACGACGCAGCCAAAGCUCCCAGCCCUAGCGAGAGUAGCCCCCAGUCUCUCGCCGCCGGGGAGUCGGAGAGUCGAAACUCCUCUCCGAACCAGAGUCAGGCGAGCGACGAGUCUUCCAGUGUUCCAGGAGAGUCGAGACGGGGUUCGAAGCCUCUCGAUUUCUUUCCCGAUAACGAAAUCAACACUGCCAUACUCGGCCCUUCUGAAAUACGCAAGGGACUGAAGGAAUGCAUCACCGAGAAGAAUUCCGCGCUGUUCAAGUACAGUACAACCAGCAUCUUGAAGAAACUCAAGAGCAAAAGCGAGGAGGCGAACAAGGCCAAGACACAGGACGCCGGCGAGAACGACCAACAGGACAAAGAGGAAGACAACGAAGAGGGGAAGAAAGAAGAAGGCAAAGCGGACGACGAUCCACCCGAAGACAAAGAGGAACCCAAGGAAGUCGAACCCGCACCCGAGCCCUACAACCCUUACGUGGAGUACCAGCUGAGCAACACGGACCUGCCCCUCGUCGCCCGCCUCCUCAGGAACGUCGAGCCCAACCUCCUCUGGACGUGGACCAGGGACUCCAUUUCCUUCAAGCACCUCAGCAGGGAGCAGCUCGUCAACCGCUUCCCCAACACGCCCUUCACCACCAAGUACGGCCUCUGCGGGACUCUCCAGCAGCUGCACUGGUUCAGCGAGGCGGCGGGUGUGGAUACCUUCGUCCCGCGCGGGUACUGCAUCGGCCACGAGGACGAGCGAACCGCCUUCACUCCACGACUACAGACUGCUCCUCAACCGUCUCAAGUGGUUACGAGAUGA